GAUAAAAACUAACACUUUUAAAGGCAAUGUUCUAAAAAGCGCAAGUAAUGAAUGUUUAUAGCUUAUAGAUUUCACGCAAAAUGUUAAGGAUAUGUUUAUUUGUGAUGUUGAUGUACACUUUGUAUAUCCAAACUAGUAUAGUGAUAGGAGGGACUGAAGCUGAAAUGCGGGCCCUUCUGGUGGCGAAGCUAAACAGCAGCGAUUAUUCACCGAGAGUUCGGCCUAUCAAAGACACCGGCAACAUACUGAGUCUUGUCGUCGACAUGUACUUGGUAGCUAUCAACGGCGUUGAUGAAGUUGAGCAGAAAAUUACGACGACGGCGUAUAUGAAGAUUGUAUGGUCAGACAGCUUCAUGACCUGGACCCCGACUGACUAUGGCAAUAUUACACAAUUCACAAUUCCACAGGAUAAUAUCUGGAAACCUGAUCUUGCUCUUGCUAAUGCUUACGACACGAUUACUGGCCUUGGGGACACUUUUAUGUACCUCACAAUAACAAAUGACGGCAACAUCACAUGGGAGCCUUUUCAAGUAUUCGACAGCACGUGUAACAUUGAUAUGACUUACUUCCCAUUUGAUUCACAAUCAUGUGAUAUACAGCUAGUCACGUGGUCUAGCACAAGAGAAAUGAUUAACAUUGUCACCGGAAGUGACGGAUUCAAUAUCGAUGCUUACGAGGAAAACGCUAACUGGUACCUUUCAAGCGUAUCUACAAAAGACUCAUCAACCGCUUCCACGUCUGGGUUGUCGUUCACUAUAAAUAUAAAACGUAAACCAAUAUACUAUCUACUAAAUUUCAUGAUUCCAAUCGUGCUGUUGUCCGUUUUAAAUAAUUUCGUAUUUGUUCUCCCAUGUGAUUCCGGCGAAAAGACUGGUUACGCAAUCGUUCUCUUUUUAUCCUUUGCAAUCUUCCUGCUGAUCGUUACGGAGAUCAUGCCAGAAGGAAUGAAUACAAUUCCAAUUGUGAGCAGCUAUUUACUGGUGGAGUGCAUAUUUAGUACUAUCAUAGUUUUCAUCACUAUAGUGCAACUUCGUCUGCACAAUCAAGGUGACGAUACUCCGAUUCCGAACUACUUUCAAGUGUUGACUAAAUUUAUUCAGGGUGUAAAAUCCAAAAUAUGUUGCGAGUCAAACAGUGAAAAAGACGACGAUGACAAUGGCGAGGAGACACCAAUUAAAAUUCCACUUGAACCUAUAAAAAGGAGAUUAGAUUCACCUGUAAUUGUUGAAAAGAGGAACAAGAAAAUGGAAGAGGUUGUACAAAUAAAAACAACCAAUGAUGAAAAGCCCUCAGUUUCUAAUCAAGUUAAGCGUAAGCUUUGCUGCGGGGCCAGCAACGUCGAUAGUGAUGAGCAUGAAAUGAGUGAGAUGCUAUGGAAAGGUGGUUCGAGCGAAGUAGGUACUGAAGUGACUACAGUGAGUGCCAAAACAGCUUUUAGAUUGUCAGACUUGCUUGGCAACGAAAACAGGGUAACCCCAAAUGCAUUUUUCAGUAAACCAACAUCAGUUGAGCCUAUCUAUGACCACACGCUGGCAGUCGAAGACGUCGAUGACAUUGAAGAAAUAAUACAAAAACCACCACCCAAAAUGGCCAAUGUACAACUGGGUCUUAGACAAACAGGUUUCCGACCUCUUAAAACACCAGAGCCAAAAGAUCUCGCAAGCGAUACAAGCUCUGUCAAGUCUUCAAACACAGAGUCGUCAGAUGAAAUAACCUGGCCAGAAGUUGUGUUAGCGCUGGACAACAUGUUUUUUGUCUUGUUUUUAAUCAUAAAUACUCUUGCAACGACUGUUGCAUUCUCAGUUUCAGCUCUCGGAUAAUUUGUAAAGAAAUAGUUCUCUAGCAUCCUAUGUGCUGAAUAAGUUACAUUAUUAUGACUUAGGUUAACUGAUUGAAAGAACGAAAGUAAUUUUAUCUUUUAUCAUGGUUUUGAUUUUGCAUAUAAUGUAUCUAUAAUUAUGUUAUUUUCUUUCCAUAAUCUAUAUAUGUUAUCUUAAUACACAAGAUCGAUGAUGCUUUCUAGAUCUGAUGGCAUAAUGUUCAAUAUUUGAUAUAUUUUCAAUAUAUUUUAAUUUAAUUAAAUAAAAUACCACAGGAUAAAGGGGUGUUACAUUUAUCGCAAU